AUGUCGUCUGUCAUUCUGCUGUUCUCUCUGUCUGUACUCACAGGUCAGGAUCAUGUGUUUAAGUGAUUACAACACCAACACUGUGUGAGUUCACUUCACGUUUUUAUCCUCUUCCUCUAGACUCUGUGUUACCGCUGGAAAUCCAGCAAUCACCUCCACAUCAGCUGAUCCAGCCUGAGCAGGAAGAAACCCGUCUUAAAUGUCACCAUGGAGACAACAACUAUCCCUACAUGCUUUGGUACCAGCACAAGGCAGGAAAAGGCGGAGGAGGUCCGAGAGCCAUGGAGCUGAUCGGACUGCUUCAUUACCAGAAUCCAAACCUGGAGAAGAACUUUGAGGCGCGUUUCAACAUCACGGGACAUUCCAAACGCAACGCCGAGCUCGUCAUCUCCGAAAUAAAGCCGACAGACAGUGCAGAGUACUUCUGUGCAGCCAGUAGACACGGUGCUUCAUCUCCUCUGACUCCUCCACAAAAACUCAAACUCACACCUGCAUCAAACCUGAACUGUGUAAUAAAGAGGAAGUGA